GGAUAUUGGCACAAAGGGGACAGGCCUGCGAGGGCUGUAAACAAAGCUGUUUUGUCACGGCUAUCUGCAGCUGUGUAGGGCUGCAUGUGAUAUAUGUCAUGAGCAAACUACAAUUUCGACUGAAGCUGGGCACCGGAGCAGACUGGGAGGCGCUCGGACCUAUUCCAGAGCCGUUUCCGUUCUCCAUCGACGCGGACUGCACCACUUUGGCUUUUAAGCACUACCUCAGCCACAAAAUCCUAAAUGGGGUCUUCGAGCCUGGAAACUUUCAGCUUCGGCUGCAGGGCUGCGACAAGGAGCUGGAGGACGUCGCUGACGCCGGCCAACCCACCACUUCCACGCACCAACCCCAGCUGCGGCGGCUUGCCAGCCAGGGCGUGUGCAACGGCAGCGUGCUGCAGCUUGACGUGUGUGCGACUGAGGAGGAGCUGCAGCGGUUCCUGGACGCAGCGGAGGAGUGCGGCGCGGCUAACGAGCUUGGGCACGUCGAGGAGCAGCAGGAGGCGCAGACGCCACCAGCGGCAGGUGUCGAUCCGCGGCAGCGGCACGCAGCAGAAGGCGGUGCGGCGGCGGCGGCGGCGGCGGGCGACGGGCCAACCGGGCGGCCCAGCCUUGGCAUGAUGCACACGCCUGUGGGCACACCGGCUAGCGCAGACGUGGUGGACGGAGCCGGCUACGAGGAGUUUAAGCGUCUAAUACACAUGCAAAUGCGUUUGGUGGCGCCAUACAUCGACAUGUGCAGUGGCAGCAGCGAGGACGACGGUGAGGGCGAGGGUGGCCUCCCACGGGCUGCGGCCGGCUUGGGGGCCGGGCGCGGGCGUUCCGGCACAGGGCGCGGGCGCGGGCGUUCCGGCUCAGGGCGGGGGCGCGGGCGUUCCGGCACAGGGCGCGGGCGCGGGCGUUUCGGCGCAGGCCGAGGGCGGGCAGGUGCCAGACGUGGCCGCUCGCAGCAGGGAGCGGGGGCGCAGCAUCAGCAGGAGCAGCAGUCGCCGCGGCCCGGGGCUGCAGAUCGCACAGCGGGCAAGCGGCCCCGCCAGGAUACGGAGGACGAGGGCGCUCAGCCUGCGCGGCAACAGCAACGCACGCAUGGCGCGGCGGUCGGCGGCAGCACCAGAGGCGCCACUGCUCCUGCGCGCGCGGCGGCAACGGGUGCUGCCGCCACUGCCGCUGGCGCUGCUGCUGAUGCUGCCGCUGGCGCUGUUCUCUUUCCUGUCGCUGCCGCUCGCGUAGCCGCUGGUGCUGUUGUUGCCGCUGGCGCACCAAGGCCGCCGCCGCGGCAGCAACAGCAGCUGGCCCUUGCGCGGGGUGCAGGUUUGCUGCCGGCGGCUAUGCAGCUUGCAGUGCACACGGGCGCGUGUAGCAGCGGUGGCGGCAGUAAGCAGCCGUACACCAGGUGGCUGCCGGCGGAGACUACACGGCUGGUGGAGUGGUUGGAGUCGCACGACCAGCAGCCGCAGUGGACCGAGUUCCCGAUCCAGAACACCGACAUCGACAAAACAGCGGGCCAAUUGAAGAUGCAGUGGCGUAACCUCAAGUUUGCCAGCAAGAAGGGCUGGACCGUUACGCGGAGAGUACUUCCGCCGGACCUACGGGCACGCAUCGACGCUCUUGUCUUGAAGGAGGAGCUCAAGGCGCAGCAGAUGGCGGAGCGGCUGCAGCUGCUGGGGACACACGGCGGGGCUGCUGCUGCCGGGACGGACACCUCGUAACUGAGGCGGACGUGUCGUCAGUGUCGGUCGAUGUCACAGGACAGCAGUGACUAGGUCCGAGCACCACAUAUCUAUCUGUGAGCGGACUGCGUGAGACCUUUUGUCCUGUGGCCCUGACGCUAGCAGCUAGGGCUGCACGUACUGCUGAUUAGGAGUGGUUACGCAUCCUUGCUGCUUUUAGCCUGUGAGAAAGGCGCGAGCAAGACGCAUGUCGUGCAUUCGGUAGGCGCACGUAGAUGACAGUGACGCCUGGAAGCGGCCGCUCCGGUCCCCCCAGUUGGUCCCCUCCUCUUCGCCCCUCGCCUGCUCUAGCGCCCAGAGCUCCAACAUCUUCUCGCCCGGCCAGAGAACUGAUGUCGUGAUAGGAGGGAGGAUCGACGGCAGAAGUGCCCUCUAGAAUGUUGAAGCUGCAAUCCGUGGAAAGAGUGUUGACUGCGUCGCGGUAGGGGGUAUGGUCAGGGAAGAGGCGUGGGGUAGGUAGGGUGCAAGCGAGGUACUGCGAGCUUUGUGCGGCUUUGGGAGCGCGAGAUGGCGAGCCCAAACUGCUGUCAGGGAGGGUGAGCCCGAAUUGGCGUAUGGCCACGAGAGUGCCACGUUACAGUGGACAACGGUGACAGAUGAUGCCGGCAGGGCGUGUGCAAAAGCGCAGGAGGCGUUGACGUAUACGGGGCCCUUGUGAAGGGCUCCGCUGACAGGACUCUCUACCUUGCAUGCUGGCACGAAAAGUUGGCUGGGGCCUGGGCCAUUGCGGCAACGGUGGGAACCAGGUGCUAGGCUGCUAGGUACCCGGCAGAGGCUGGGGCUGAGCGUCAGAGUCUCGUUAGGUGCCAUGACACGCACAGCGGGCGGGCGGACGCAAUGCUAUGUUUGAUCUUGUCGCAGAU